AUGGAUAAGAAUUCGAGCAAAUGCGAUCUGAAGCGCAGCAUCGGGCGUGACGACGGCGCUAAUUGUCCGAAGCGGCAAAAGAUUUUCAGCGACGGUGAGCUUGGAAAAAUUCCGACGCAUGUGAUGCAAAUGAUCAUUGAAUACUUGUCGCUGGAUGAUCAGAAGAGCUUUCGAUCGGUUUGCAAAUGGAUUGCCGAGGAAAUCGAGAUUUUUUGGAGAACGAGAAGGACGCUUUCGGUUCGGGACCUUAAGACAUGGUUCCCAUACCUCGCCAAUUCGGACAAUCAAUGGAAAAUGCUACAACUUUGCACACUGCACAAAGAGCUCAGCGAGGUGUGCAGCCUUCUCAAACACGGCAAUAUUGUGCGAAUGGAUUUCUGCGGGAUUCGGUGCCUCAAUUGGAUGCGUUUCGUGAAGAUUGUCGAGACCGCCGUCGGCUCCAGAAACCUGGCGCUAUUCAUCAAUGUCGUCGAAUUAGAUGUCCGCGGAUGUGUGUUCUCGCCGGAUGACGUGCUCCACGUCUCCAUAAGCCUUCCGAAUAUUCGAACAAUUUUUAUUGAUUCCGAUGUGACGGUGCCAAAGAAUCAAUGUGUCGAAUCAAUGAGGAGCAAGAAAAUCUGCCUCAAACAAAUAUUCGAUGGCGCCGUUGAACAUCUGAUCUGCCAGAUUCCCCAUCAUGACCUGCCAUUAGUCUCAUGGAUCGCUUCAAUGUUUCCCAAUAUUGAUAAUAUUGCGAUCGAUUUGAGAAGUCAUUAA